UACAAGAUGAUCAAAUCUGGCGAAAAUAACAGAUAUAAUCCAGAAUGGAGUAAUGGUUAUAGUUUUGACGACAGUUCGUAUGUUGGGUCGGUAGCCUAUUAAAGUAGACCUUGCCAACGCAGUGGUAACCAAUUAAUUAGACACAUGAACAAGCCGUAAUAUAAUUAUAUCCAAUUGAGUUUCAAAAUCAAAAUCAAAACACUUGCAAAUUCUUCUAUUUCAUAUUCAAAUUAUGGACGACUGGAAAUUUUAAGUUCAAAUGUGUUCCUCAAUUAUAGUUGAACGCAAAAUGUUAUUGUUGUUGUUGUUGUGUUCAUCCAAAAUUGUUCACUGGAAGUCAAUAUUUGGAAACUAAGAUUUAGUUGCUGUUUGAAUUACAUUCCGUACACAAGUAAAAAAACUGUCUUUACCAAUAUAUAAUACCAAAAGGAGAGAAAAAAUGGAUUUUGAUGAAGUACUUAAAGAAAUUGGAUCAUUUGGAUUGUAUCAAAAAAUUAUAAUAUGCACAGUACUAUUACCAGCAGCUUUACCUUGCGCAUUCCACGCUUACAGUCAAUUAUUUAUUGCGGCUACACCUAAGCAUUGGUGCAGAGUUCCUGAACUCGAACCUUGGACACCUGAUUAUCCUGUACUUGUCAAAAAUUUAAGCAUACCUGUUAGUAUUGAUAACAGCAGUAAUGAGUAUAUGGCAUGCAGUAUGUACAAUAGAAAUUAUUCGGAUAUCGUUAGAUAUUUGGAAUAUCGGACACCACUACAACUACAAAACGAUAAGGUUUGGCAGAUUGGAAGUCCAGUAAACACCAAAAUCAUUGACUGUCAACAUGGUUGGCUUUAUGAUAAGUCUAUGUAUCCUAGUACGGUUGUUUCUGAGUGGAACCUAGUCUGUGACAAAAGUUAUUUGGUUACAUUGGCUUUAGUCGUUUUUGGCAUUGGUGGCUUACUCGGGAAUUAUGUUUUCGGUUAUUUGCAAGAUUUCUGGGGUCGGCGACCUUCAUUCUAUUUAUAUUUAAUACUUGAGAUUACAGCUUGUGCGGCUAGUGCUUUCGCUUGGAACUAUUAUUCAUGGUUGGGAAUGCGUUUUGUAGUUGGUUGGACUGUACCAGCAAUACUAGCAUCGCCAUAUGUAUUAGCAAUUGAAUUGGUUGGACCGGAAAGACGUGUGUUCUGUACAAUUGUAUCGAAUAUAGCUUACUCAUGUGGACUUGUAUUAUUAGCAGGCAUUGUGUAUAUAAUACGCGAUUGGCGAUUCUUAACAUUAGCUGUUUCACUGCCUUUACUAUUGCUAUUCUCAUGCUUUUUUGUUUUACCAGAAUCACCACGUUGGCUUAUAGCCGUCGGUCAGCCCUUGAGAGCAGCCAAAAUUCUCAAAACAAUAGCACGUGUGAAUGGUUAUCAGAUACCCGUAAAUUUCGUCAGCAUCGUACAGCAAAAGCUAUUAACACCAAAAGUGGAAUCAAUUAAUGAACUUGAUAAAUCUUAUGGUAUACUCGAUCUGUUUCGUAGCACUAAUAUGCGUCGUAAAACUCUUAUUAUAACACUUAUUUGGUUUGCUAACACAAGUGUUUAUGUUGGACUAAGUUAUUACGCACCAGCUUUGGGUGGUAAUGAGAUUUGGAAUUUUUUUCUUGCCGGUGCAGUAGAAUUGCCAACAUAUCUUUUACUUUGGCCUGGUCUAAGCUAUAUCGGGCGUCGUUGGAUCCUUUGUGUAUCCAUGUUAUGUGGUGGCAUUGCAUGUGUAGCAACAUUUCUCUAUGCGCAAAAACCUGAGAUUAUGUUACUCUUGUACUGCAUUGGGAAAAUGGGCAUUUCAUCCGCUUUCGUAGUGCUGCCAUUGUUAGCUUCAGAGUUAUAUCCGACUGUCGUACGAGGUCUGGGUAUGAGUUUUAGUUCUGUGAUUGCCAUGAUCGGACCUAUUGUAAUACCAAUUAUAAAUCACAUGGGACAACAUAUGCUCGUUUUACCAUUAAUUGUCAUGGGCACUUUGUUAAUUAUUGGAGGUUUUGCUAGUUUACUUUUACCGGAAACAAGAGACAAAAAUCUACCGCAGACAAUAGAAGAUGGUGAAAAAAUUCCAUUAAAAUUUUUUUCUUGUUGCUGUGAAUCAACAAAAAAAACUCCAAUAAACAGAAACCAUAGUCCGGCCUCUGAACGUAGUGAGAACUAUGGACAUAGACGUAAGCGCAUUGUGUGUAGUAUUUGUAAAAAUGAAAUUAAAAAUUAUCGUUAAGUUGAAAUUCUGU